AUGAGUGUUCUUCCGACCACCUCUUCGGAGGCCAUCUACCUCCAGACCAGCGAAUAUGAUCUCGGACAGCUCACCAAGGCCAUGAAGGCGACGAAAAGCGGGAAGAGGGCCCGUGCUGCACCGAUACCCGACGAGCACAUGCACCUUCACACUUUGCAUCUGCAAGCAACACUUCAGCCCGAGCCAGAGAUCGUCGAGUACCCCAACGGCUUCCGUGACAACGACUCUUAUCCCGUGUGGCGCGACUUCCGCCGCUCUGUUCACGACUCCGUUGAGGCUUGUGUGCCCCUUCCCUUCUUUCCUCCGACCGCCGACCUGUUCCACAUCGACGGUCAUCCUUUGAAGAAGAAAAAGUCUGCGCCUGUGAGCUGCGGGAAUGUGUUCCGGCCGGGCAACACCACCAAACCUCUUGUGAAGAUUCCCGACAUCUGCACUGGCUCCGACGCUCGUCGUCAGUUUUUCCCCAGCUCUUACACAUGGGACCACCUCAACUGGAUCCACGCCGCUCUGGCCAUCGACCCCGACGAGCCUCCUACUCGGCGCGGCACGUAUAAGCCCAACGAAAAGCGUGUCUACUUUCGUACCGGCGUGGACGUCUCGUGGACUCCUGGCGACUCCGGAGAGGAGGACGACUACGCGAUCACGCUGUCUAUCGCCCUCGAUGUCUACCUCGACAUGGACGUUAUUCUGCUACCGCAGCCGGACAUUUCCAACGACCUUCUCGGUCUGGUCCUGGUGUCACUCCUUCCUGCCGAUCUCGGUGAUCAGCCUCACCCCUCUCGGGAAGGUCUCGGGGCCGCCCGCGCUGAUGCGCUGAAGGCGUUUUACGCCGCUCUUCGCCCUGCUCCCGACCUUCCGUACGGUUUCGACGCUCGAAAGCUUCAGCCUGACUCAAUGACUAAGCCUCUGUUGCCAUUCCAGAAGCGAUCAGUCGCACGUCUCCUGGAGCGGGAAGGCUCUCCGAUGGUGACUGGCAACAAGGCUUUCACCUAUCCCGAGGGCCAAUGGGUGAAAUUUGACUUUGGCAAGUUUGGCGAGUACGCCUUCCACCGCCUCACUUCGCAGCUUGUCCGGCUUAAGGGCGACCCUAAGGGCAAGAGGAGGGCCAACGACUCCUCGUGGGAAGAUACGCUGGACCAUGUUUUCCCUCUGACCAAGGUGCGGGGAACCAUGCUUUGCGAGGAGAUGGGUCUCGGCAAAACUGUUGAGGCAAUUGCUCUCGUGUUGCUCCACCCGCAUCCUCUCUCUCUCGAGCGGCCUAUGAUUGGAGCCGUCGGGAGCGCCAACGCCCGCAAGCUGCCGGAGAUCAACUUGGAGAAGAAACCGGAGUUUGGCCUGACAAUUCAGCAGUGGGUGGACGGCCAAGCCAAGGCUUUUGCAAACUCCGUCGCAUGGUCCGAGGAAGGUCAGCUCAACGUCGCUGCUGUCGGCACCACUCUCAUUGUUACGCCUCAGUCCCUCUUGAACCAGUGGGUCUCGGAGAUGAAACUGCACGCACCUUCCCUGAGGGUCUGCGUCUAUCCUGGAUGGUCAGACCUCAUCAAACAGGUGGAGAAGCGUCGCACGGCAACCUUGAAGGAGCGCAAGAGGCAGGCCGCGAAAAACUUGAAGAGGCAGAGGGUCAAGUUCCGCAAUGAAACUCGGAGGAAGUAUGCCAAGGGAGCCAAGGGAGUCAAGAUUGAGCGCGAUUCGGACGACGAGGACUACAUUGAGAUGGAGAGCGAAGGCGAGGAGGAGGAGGAGGAAGAGGAAGAGGAAUUCGCUCCCACUCCCAAGUCUGAGGAUCCCGAAUCUCUGCUCGAUGUCACUCAGCAAGCCUUCCUCGAGUACAUCCGCGGCUUCGAUGUUGUCAUCACGACGUACCAAACCCUCUCCACCGACCUCAACGUUGCGGACCCUGCUCCUCGCCGCAGUCGCCGUUCCACCGCAAACUAUCGCCUCAAUGAGCGUCCUCGCAGCCCACUGGUCAUGGUCGAGUGGUGGCGAGUCAUCAUGGAUGAGGUCCAGCUGCAAAGUGACUCCAGCACCUCAGCCCAGAUGGUCUCCAAGAUCCCCCGUCAGUGCUCGUUGGCUAUGUCCGGCACUCCUGCGCGCUCGAGUAUCUCCGAUCUGCAGGGCUCCCUAAAGUUCCUCCACGUCCCGGUCGCUAGCAGCGUCGUCUGGAGCCGUAUCACCCAGCCGUCCAACAAGGCGGCGUUCGAGGGACUGUUCAAAGCGAUCAGCAUUCGCACGACGAAGGCUGAGGUCGUCGGAGAGUUCAAUUUGCCGAACCAGACCCGAUACGUCGUUCCGAUCGAGCUGUCCGACAUUGAGAUGCACUACUAUCUCGAUGUGCUUGAAAGACAGCGCGAUCGUUUGGGUAUUGCCGACGGUCCGCAGAGAGACCAGGAGCUCGACUUUAGCCUCUACCGGAACGCUUUGCGUCACCUCCGCCAGAUCUGUACCCAUAUUCAGGUCGGUGGUCUCGAACCCACUCAGCGUGCCGGCAACCGCCGCGGCGACCGCAUCCAGCUUGGCCGGCAGCUCAUGACCAUGGAGCAAGCUCUGAAGAAGAUGCGUGACGACCUUGAGGAGAACUUCACCCUUACAUCGCGCAACCUCCUCCGCACUCAACUGGACAAGGCACAGCUUCUUGUGCGCGACGAAACGGACGACUUACGCAAUUUGAAGGCACUCGCGAUCUAUGAACGUGUGCGCGAAGGCGCGCUGAAGCUUCUCCAGGAGGCCAAGGCGGAACUCAACAAGCAGACCGAGGGUCGCGAGGACUCCGUCGAUGACGAGGGACACAUGGACGAGUCGCAGGCUGAAAGGGCGAAGCGUCUGCAGGUGCAGUCUGCGAGGGCCGCCGUCCGCGAGACCAUGAACAUCCUGCAUCUGUCUUGGUUCUUGCAGGGUGACGUUCAUCACACGAACAAGGAGGAAGAGCUGGAAGUCCAGGCAUACCAGAAUGCCGAAAACAUCCGGCGUGAGAUUCUUGCGCGUCCACUCAAGGCCGCGGACCGCAUUGUCAAAGCGAUGUCGGACGCCAUCGCCGAUCAUGGCGCGGUGACCUCUCUAGGUGACCUCCAGACAAAGGACACCCGCCGCAAAGGCGGUAUGCUCUCUGGUGACCUCGUCGCUCAGACCAACAGCCUGCUCAAGAUUCUGAACGACAAUGCAGUGCUCGUUUACAACUGGCGCAACAAGGUCGUGGAGCUUCUUGAGACCCCCAUCGAAGCAAACGACGAAGCCGUUCCCGGCGUCGGCGAAGGUCAAGACGUGGAGAAUCCCGACGAGGAGUACUACGCUGAGGCACUGAAGGCCCAGGGUGAUCCCAUUGCCGACCGCAAGGAGAUGCUGCUCGAGGAGCGCACGCUUCUCGCCGUUCAUGACGCACACAUUACCAAAAAGCGCUCCACUGCCAACUCAAAGGAUGCUCAAGUCAUCGUCGACCCCGACCUGCCUACAGAUGUGCAGGACCUUACCGUCAAGCUGCUGCUCGAGCGCAAUGCGUUCCGCGAGAGGCGCACUGAGGAGGCAUGUGAACGUCCUCUGAAGGCGCUUCUCAUCGAUCUCGGGAACAUUGUGCACGCGGCCAACCGUCCCGAGGAAGCGGCCAUCGCCAAGGGCAUCGCUGACAUGCUUCGCGGAUACAUCAAGAAACAGACCGAGAUCGUCGACAAGUUGAACAAGGAGCUGGACAUGCUCCGCGAUACUCACAACGGCCGCGUCAAGUACUUCGCAGCGCUGCAAGAGAUCUCUGAUUCGGUUGCGGUGCCCAGAUUCAGGGAUGUCAAGAAGGAGAUUGAGUUCAAGGACCGCCAAAUUCUGGACGCCGAAACAACGCUCGCCCGCUGGUCCGUCAGGCGGCGCUACCUCGGCUUCCUGGACGCGGAGAAUCAGAAUGUGGACGACCUGAAGGAGAAUUGCGCGAUUUGCUUUGGAACUUCAGAUGACACUCACGCUGUGCUCUUGCAGUGCGGGCACAUGUUCUGUGUUUCGUGCUUCACUGAGUACCGCAAGGCGCCGUACAUCGGACGCAAGUGCGCCAACUGCAAGACUGCCAUCGACGACAGGGGCAUCCAGCGCGUACGCAUCAAGGCGCCGGAGGAGGGCGGCUCCCCGAAGGCUGAGCCUGAGCCUGAGGCCGAGGCGAUCGAGGCAGAACCUUCGAAUGACAAGAGGGACGAGGAGCGUGAGGUUGAGCGCCGCGCUGCCGACCUCGCCAAACUCAACAUGCUCAGCGUGGAUCGCAUGCGUCCUGUCGCUAACAUCGACAUGAUGGGCGAGUUCGGCUCAAAGGUAUGCUCGCCAUAUGUCGGCACCAGCUCACGUCAGAUCAACUUCCUCAUCAAGCACCUGCACUACUACCGUUUGACACAGCCCGGCGUUCGUCAUGUUGUGUUUUCGAACUGGGCGGACUCGUUGCGCAUUGUCGAGCGCGCGCUGACUGUGAAUCACAUCCGUUUCGUGUCACUUGACUCGAACACAAAGAAGAACGACGUCGUGCAUCAGUUCCAGAACGACCCAAACAUCACGGUCUUCCUCCUGCAUGCUGAGCGCGAGAGCGCUGGUCUCACGCUGACGGCCGCGAGCGUCGUUCAUCUCCUCGAGCCCAUCAUGCAGCAUUCGUUCGAAUUGCAGGCUAUCGGCCGCGUCGACCGCCUGGGUCAAGAGAAGCAAACGACCGUCUACUGCUACGCGACGAUGGAUACGGUUGAGAGCCGUAUCCUCUCGCAGGGCGUGCGCAACGGUACCAGCAUCUACCUGAACGACAAGGAGGAGGACGAGAAGGUCGCCGCUGCGUUGCCAAACGUUCCCCACGCUGCCGAGCGUGGUGGAGACAUCACACUCGGCGAGACGGGCACCGCCGAGCUGCUUCGUCUCAUUAUAUAA